AUGAAGAAGGCAAUAUGGGCUACAUAUUACCAUAAAAACUCGACGGAUGAAAAGCCGCAACAUAUGUACUGUCCUUCUGGUUCAGACAGUUGGUGUAAGUGGCGUAAAGCCGAAGCCAAUAACACACUUCAAAAUUUCAGUCAUGAUCAAGUAUCUCUUAAUGAUACAGUUUUAAAAGUAAUUAAACCUAUUUACGAGAGUUUAUCAUCUGAUGAUUUAUUAGAAAGAUGUUUAGGAGCAGCAACACAAAACAGUAAUGAAUCACUAAAUUCAUUGAUUUGGAUUUUUGCUCCAAAACACGUCCACUCAGGACCAAAAACCGUCGAAAUCGCCAUAUUUUUAGCAGUCAUCAUUUUUAACGAAGGAUUUCUUUAUAUUUUGAAAACUCUGUCUGUAAUGGGAGUGACUGUUGGGCAACAGGCACAGAUAUACGCAAAUUCCCGAGAUGAAAGCCGAAUUGACCGUUCGGAGAAACGAUCAACAGAUGCUGCAAAGAAAGCCAGAAUUGCUACUAGGGAGGAGAAAUCAGCUGAGCAGGACUUCUUUGAGCAUAAGGAAGGUCCCCUAUAUGGUGUUGGAUUGGCUGAUUAAUCUUCGUAAGUAAAGAUCCUUCAUAAACGGUACGCAAAACUUUAAACGCGUUUUUCUCAAAACCAUGUUUUUUGAACUGGUGUCCAAGAUAUCUCAAGAUCUAUUUGACCGAUUAAGUCCAACUUUUGCGUACAUCCUCAGCAGAUGUGCCGCUAUAGCCGGAACUAGAAUUAAGUAAAAAAAAAUUUUUGACGAUUUUGACAACCUUUGAAAAAUAAGAAAAUUCAUACUAAAUUUUCAAAGUGCC